CUCACUCGCACAGACACUCCCCCGGUCGCAUUUAUGUACCAGUGCUGCUCCUCUCUGCAUCUUUUCGGAAGGGACCGGAGUGCUGACUUUGUCAGUUGAAAAACCUUAUGAGCACGUGGUGAAGGUCCCAACCAAGCCUGAACCUGCCAGAAGACUAAGAAAGAAAGUGAUAUUUCCAUCUGAGAUGCUGCUUCAUGGUUUUGAGCAGGGAGAAAAGAAGACAGGACAGCAAGGAAGAGGAGCAGAGGGCACUACAAAAGAGUAAAACUACAUCUUGACUGAAUUUUUUUUUUAUCACAGAUAAAAUGAGAGUUAUCUGCCUAAAUGGUGGCCAAUAUCCUGUAAUCAGACUUCAAUUUUGAGUAAAGAAGAACCACACAUGAGGAGUGGUUCUAAAGUUCAUCAGAAGAUCUCAUCAUGAAAUUUGCUUUUGUUUGCAAAUCUUCAGGACUCUAAAGAAGAGGUAAAGUCUUUCAGUUUUCCGAUGGAGGACAUUUGCAGUACUACAUUAAGAUCUUGUAAAUCAGUUCUGCCUGAAUUUGCUCUUUGAUUUGUCCUUGUUUGUUAGAACUCUUUGAAAGCAGUUUUGGACGGUCUUAUUUGUUAACAGGCAUGAAUGUUUUUCAGCAUACAAACUACUGCUCAUAAUGAACUAACUCAAACUAGGUUGUUCUUUCUAGGAGAGAGAAAUCGUUUUAAAAAUAAAGACAUCAAUGAGCUAGGUGGAUUCUGUGUAAUUGAAAAAAAAAAAAAAAUCCGAAAUGCACGAUUGAUUGCAGCAUGCACAUGCUUCAGUCAUUUACAGCUGGAAUCAUUUCAGAGACUCAUCUUGACUGGUUAAAGCUCCUGAGGAUACAGAAGAAGUGUGCUUAUGGAUCUGAGCAUCAGGCAUGAUGAGCAUCUAUCCUUCCCGGGUGAGACAAAUACUGCUCACCACACCUCUGCACCUCCUGCCCUUCCCUCCCACAGCCCAAUCCUGAAGCAGGGUCUUGCGGCUGGCUUUAAGAGGGUGUGCCGGACAGAGGAGGAUAGCCCAUGCCCGUUUCCAGGGCUGCUCCCAGGCGUCUUGGAGAUGAGAGUGAAAGAAGGCAGUAAGAUCCGUAACCUGAUGGGCUUCGCAAUGGCAAGGAUGCAGUGUGAAGAAGGAAACAGCAAACAGGUUGGCCUGAGGCAGGUGGUGUUCACCGGUUCAGGCCGAGCAGUCACCAAAACCAUCACCUGUGUCGAGAUAAUGAAGAGGAAAGUGGGUGGACUCCACCAGCUGACUAAACUGUGCUAUAAAGGUGUUCGAGAGGUGUGGGAGAGUCAGGAAGGAGGCGGUGCUAAAAUGACUGUCCACAGGACUGUGCCAUCUAUUAGUAUCCUUCUCUCUAAGGACCCGUUGAACCCCCUUGAGCCAGGAUAUCAGCCCCCUGAGAUGCAGAGUCCGCUCUGGGAGGAAAGACAUGAUAGUGAUGCAGUGUGUAGUGAUGCAGGAAAAAGGCAGUUUGACUACCCUGUCAUACAGAGCGAAACAGAGUCCAAAAGAUUCUGUCCUCAAGGUGGAAUCUCUAUAAAUUAAGCAAUCUGGUUAAUUGGGAGAUCAGAACCACUUGCUGAAACUGCAAAGCUAUUGCAGAGGAAUUCUGAAAGGUAGUUUGUUUGCACAUUUUAUUAUAACAUGACAGAUUGUGCUUUUAGCUCAUUGAAAUUGUAUGUAUCAAGCCUUGAGCUGGACUGGAUGAGUUCAUUUGAUCAUUUCUGUUACAAUAUAUCUCCACUUGCCAAUCAUCAUGUGGUGCCAUCACUUCUUUCCGCUCACUCAUGGUGGGCAUUUCCUUAAUGUUUCUGUAGAUUCGAUUAGUGUUAAAAGUCAUCUCUUUUGUAAUUAACAUCUGAAUACCCUUAUUUAAUUGGCACAAACUCUUUUGCAUAAAAGUGAACUGUUGAGCUCAUCACCGAACCGUGAGUGGAUUUAACCAGUAAAAUUUAAAUAAAUGAAUAGGCUUAUAGGGGAGCUGAACUUGUUGGUGGACUCACUAUGUCACUAUCAUAACACUGGAAAUGCACUGACAUAACCAUAGACAGAAAAUUAAUACUAUGUUAAAUUAAUAAAUGAAUCAUUUCUUGUUUCCCUGAAAACAAUCAAUUAUGAAG